AUGAAGAGUGUUAUGAGAUUUGGUAAUAAGGGAAAACCUAGUCCACGGUAUAUUGGUCCUUACAGAAUAUCCAAAAGGAUCGGUAAUAUAACUUAUGAGUUGGACCUACCGAGAGAGUUACCAGCAGUUCAUCCAGUGUUUCACAGUUCUAUAUUGAAGAAAUGUAUGGGCGAUCCUUCACUUAUCAUAACUACCGAAGAUAUUGGUUUUAAGGAUAGCUUACCUUAUGAGGAGAUUCAUGCUCAGAUUCUAGAUCGUCAAGUUCGCAAGUUUAGAACCAAGAAGGUAGCAUUAGUCAAGGUCUUAUGGAGAAAUCAGUUUGUUGAGGAAGCUACAUGGGAGGCUGAGCAGGACAUGGAGAAGAUAAAUCCACAUCUCUUUGAGUCCAGAGACAUUCCAGAUCAAGUUUACACAUUCCAAAUUAACGCUAGGGCUUUGAGAGAAGAGAAAAGAGGAGAAAAGCCAAGGUUUCGCCGCGUUUUUGAGAUUUUGCUUGCAGAUUUCGCCAAGGGUUAA